AAUUGUUGCGGUGGGCAUUUUGCUCGAUUCGCAGAUUCGCAGAUUCGAGUGGACUUUGCUGCUUGGUGGAAACUUUUUUUAUCGAGAGUUUAUCUUUUUCCUAUCGAUUGAUUGGAGCUAAACCUAUUCUAGCCAACCCCACGACCAGCUCAGGAGAAUUCUCGACCUGGCAGUGAGGACCUUAAAGAUGGGGAAAGACGAGCAAGUCGAGGAGCGAGAAGUGCUCGAUAGUAUCUUCCCGGAUGAGAUUCAAGACAUAUCAGAGACAGAAUUUCGAAUAUCGAUUCUACUAGAUGUCACAAACGAUGAUGGUGAUGAGUCAGAGCCUCCAACAUUCCUCCUCCAGGUCAAAUACCCAGAUGCCUACCCUGAGGAACCACCAGUUUUGGACCUUCUAGCCCCUCCAAAUGCGCCGGCGCACCCAUACUUCAGCGUCGGUUCGGACAGAGAAACUCUCUUAGAUGGAUUAUCGGAGACUAUCGAGGAGAAUAUGGGCAUGGCUAUGAUCUUCACGCUUGUUUCUACCUUGAAGGACAACGCAGAACAACUUAUUGCCAGCCGGCAAGCAGAAGCUCGGCAUGAGCACGAGGAAAAAGUCGCUGCUGCAGAAGCCGAGGAGAACAAGAAGUUUCAUGGAACACCUGUAAACCCAGAGACAUUCAUGAAGUGGCGAGAGGGGUUCAGGAAGGAGAUGGAACAGAUGAAGACGAAGCAAGAUGAAGACGACGAAGCUGCCGAGAAGAAGAAGAACAGAGGCAAGGAUACGACUAUUCAAUUGACAGGCAAACAACUUUGGGAGAGAGGCUUGGCUGGCAAGAUUGAUGAGGACGAAGAUGACGAAGAUGAUGUUCCGGUGGAGGGGGUCGAGAAAAUGAAAGUUGAGGCUUAAGUGUGGGAAACAUAUAUUUUAGGGACGGCAUGGAGGAGUUGCAUUGUGGGCGUUCAGCUGGGGUUUAAGACUUUAAGGGUCUGUGAAUAUCUCUUCAUUGAUCAUGGUAUCUAGAAGUCAUACAUGCAUCUCUUCAUAGAAGCAUAACAUAGCCCAAUUAC